CGGCACGUUUCGCCGACAGCCCGAAAAAAGGCUACUUUUCCGUUCACGUGCCGCACCAUGUUCCGCACGCGUGACUCAUGGCCAUGCUACAGGCGAGCUCUCUUUGGCCUUGUAGGCCUCGUUUUGCUGACCAGCUCGAGCAGAGUGCUGGUAGAGGCUGCUACACUAGAGUCUGCUGAUGUAGCCUGCCCGGGAUUUACUGGGCAGGCCCUUGCCUCGCCGUAUGGCAUGGGAAAGAGCGAGCAGUCCUCCAUUGCGCUAAAGGACUACCGCGCGGCGACAAGCUGCAAGCCGUUUUUACCCACCUCGACGAUCUUUGUGGAUCCAAGCACCAUGUUCCGGAUCGGCCAACUGAGUGCUGCGGCUAGUAGCGGGGACAUUGUCACUCGGGUGGCCAACGUGAGCAAGGUCGAGCUCGAAGCCGCGUUUUCGGACAGUCCCUGGACAGCAGAUGGCGCGCUCAACGACAUUGCCUACGCGCCGGGCACAUUCGCAGCCUCCAUGGACGGAAGCGACGUCUCGUUGUUUACUCUCGGUACCGGCGCAGCAUUUGCGGCGACUCUGACGGACGUCAUCAACGAGCCCAGCUUUGCCGAUGGGUUUGUUUUCGAGACUUCGUCGCUUGCGUGCGGCUUGGCAGGCUCGGCGUGCACGUUGUCAGCGAACGACGGCGUUGGACGGAACACUGUUCUACAGCUCCGAUAUUACAAAGUCUGCACGCCGUUCAACUAUGCGGGUGGCUCCGCGACGCCGCAUACCAUCACAGGCGACAACAGCGCGCCGCGCGGCGACUCGCUCGCGCUCAACUGCGACGGCGGUGAUACGCUGUUUGGCGCGCCGGGAGGCGUGACGACAUGCACGGCGAGCCUUGAGUGGGAUCCUCCGGCCGCCAGCGUGCGGUGCGGCCCGCCACCGUCGCCACCACCACCCCCAUCGCCGCCGCCGCCUCCAUCGCCGCCGCCGCCACCGCCCUCGCCGCCGCCCCCAUCACCGCCGCCAUCGCCGCCGCCCUCGCCGCCGCCAUCGCCGCCGCCGCCUUCUCCGCCGCCGCCGUACGCCUGUAACUUGCUGUCUGCCCCGACCAACGGGACGAUUUCAUUUAGCAAUGCAGGGUAUGCUGGAUCGCUGGCAACGAUUUCGUGCGACACUGGCCUCGAUUUGGUCGAGGGGUCGGCGAACAGGAGCUGUGUGGGGCCGAUGUGGGACGGGCUCGGUCCAGCCGUGUGCCGGUUUGUGGCCUGCCCGCCGCUUAUCGCGCCAACGGCAGGCAAUGUGGCAUGCGACGGCGGAUCGAGCUUGUCGAGUCCGGCUGCGUUUGGCGAGACCUGCAGCUACUGGUGCAAUGCUGGCUACUCGCUGGUGGGGGGCGCCUCCCGCGUUUGCCUCGGCGACUCGACGUGGAGUACGGGCCAAAUAGCGUUUUGCUCAUCUUUCAACAUCACAACGUCGUACGCGGUCGUGCCUGGCAGCAGCAGCGGGCAGAUGGUCCGCGAGGUUGGGUCUGUCGUGGCGUACAAAGUCUACGUCCGCGAUGAGUUCUCCAACCCAACAGGGACCGGGGCCGACGAGCCGUACGCGCGAAUGACAGCGCCGAGCGCGAACGGCGCCAACCUGGCGGCGGCGACGUAUGUGACGGUCGGCGAGUACGAUGUGGCGCUAACGGUGCCAACGAUAACAGGCAACUACGUGUUUGAGCUUGGGCUCAACGACAUGGCAUUUGUGGUUGCGCCAUGGACGCUGGCAGUCACGGCGGAAGCCGGCCCGGUGUGGGGCCCAGCGUGCGCUCUGGUCGGCCUCCCAAACUCGGGUGUGCUCGAGGUGGAGACUGGGUCGGAGACGCGAUUCAAUGUUGAGCUGUGGGAUGCGUACGGUAAUAGCCUGGCGGCGGCACCGGACACGGGUGCGAUCGCGGUCCAGGUUCGGCAGGGAGUGACGGUCAUAGCGUCGGCGGUGCAGGUCAUCUCGCUGGAUGCGGCGUGGCUGGUGUUUGACGUCAAGGUGCCGGACGGCGGAACGUACACGCUGCUGGUUGAAAUAGAUGGGCGCGCCAUUCCGGGCGCGCCUUUUGUGAUGAACGCGGCUACGACGUGCGAGCCUGGCACAAAGGUGCUCGACGGGGUCAAGUGCGCUGCAUGCGGAGUUGGGACGUACUCGGACAGCGUCAACGCGGUUGUGUGCCCAACGUGUCCAGGCUUUACCACCUCCCAAGAGGGCUCGACAUCGUUCCUCAACUGCACUUGCUUGCCCACGUUCUGGUUUGGAGAGGGGAAGCGCAGGGCUGACAAACCAUGUGUGCCGUGCCCAGCUGGUGCAAUCUGCGACGGUGGCGUCACGCCGCCGCGGGCGGCGCCCGGUUUUGAGCCGACUGACGACGGAAGCGCAUUUGUGGCGUGUCCGCGACCGACGGCGUGCGCUGGCGGCGGGCAUUGUGCGGCCGGGUACGCCGGUCGGCUGUGCGCGCGGUGUGCAUCCGGAUACUAUCGGCUCAACAACGAGUGCCGCAAGUGCAAAGGCUCAAACGUAGUGGUUAUUAUCGCGCUGGUAUUGCUUGUCUUUGGAUACGUGGCGGGCGUAGUGUGGAUCAACACGCGGAACACCAAGGUGUACGGGUACGCGGCGUUUGUUAUUGCACUCAACACGCUGCAGGCUGUUGCGCUGUACGGCACGAUCCAGCUCGAGUGGCAUCCGGUCGCUGACGCCAUAUUUGAUGCCGUCUCGCUGGUUAAUCUCAACCUGGAUCUGGCGGCGCCCGAGUGCGGGCUCGACGUCGGCGACGUGUGGAUGUUCAAGUGGGGCAUGACCAUGGCAAUGCCGGUUCUCUUCCUCCUGCCGUUUGGCAUGGUGAUUGUUGUGGGGAGCGCGGUGACCAACGCGCACCACAACCGCGAGGUGGCCGACGGCAAGGCCGACGGCAAGCGGGCACUGCUGCGCCCGAGUCCGGCGCUGAUCGGCGCGGGCGGGCGCGGAUAUCUGCAGACCAUCCUGCUGCUCUACCUCCCACUGAUGUAUGCGGCGCUGCGGUAUGUCGACUGCACCAACGUCGGCGACGGCAUCGUGGUGAUGACGUCGAAUCCUCAGCGUCGGUGCUACACCGCGGCGUGGAACUCGCUCCUUCCGCUCAUUCUCAUCGUCGCUCUCGGCUACGGGCUGAGUGUGCCGGUUGCACUGGCGGUCUUCCUGCGGCGAAAGCAUUCGCAGCUGGAUCCAAUUGCCUUUGGCUCGCGGUACGCGUUUCUUGUGGCCAAGUACAAGCCAGAGCUGUUCUGGUACGAGCUCGCCAUUCUGGGGCGCAAGCUGGCGGUGGUAGUGGUAGUGUGCGCGCUGCAAUCCCCGACGGUCAAGGCGACGGUUGUGGCGCUGCUUAUGCUUGCGCUCCGCGCCGGCGCCGCGGUUGCGGGCCACAAGCCGUAUGUGGAGGCGCACCACAACGUGCUGGACGCACUGACACUGGACGGCUCGGUUGUGCUGCUGUGGGGCGGGACGAUCAGCUCGUCGGCGCCGCUGCGCGACACGGUGGUCAUAUCGGCGCUCGUUGGCCUGCUCUUGGUUGUAACGGCGGGUGCCGGCUACGAGCUGUGGCGGAUCCGACAGCGCGAUGCGGCCGAGGUCGAUGAGGUCUUUGCCACUUAUGGCGGAUACGAGUCGGACAUGGAGCUCACCGAGCUGCGCUCCGACUCGGGACGGACGCUCUCAUUUGGCGACGGCUCGGUGUCAGUCGAGCUCUCGAUGACCGGCGACGAGUCUGAGCUUGGCUCGAGUCCGAUUUUGAUCCAGCCGCCGCCGCCACUGGCGAUCAAGGGCGAGGCUGCCGCCAACCAUACGCCGGCUGACUCGCCUGGACGCGGCAGUGUGUCGCGCGACGGAACGGCAGGCGUGGCCAUCACGCCGCCUGCCCUCCCUCCCCGCCGAUUGGACCGCCCGCCGCCGGGUCAAGGUCUCACAAUCGAAGCGGAAGGCAGGUGCAACUCUGGCUGCUGGACCGAUGACAUGGUUUCGGACGCCGAGAUCACCGUCCCUCCGUCACCGAUGGGCGAGACGACAGUUCCGGCAUCACCGAUGACCGGCGACAGCUGCUACGGAAUGACGCCCUCGCUCUCGACAGCAUUCGAUGCGGAGGUCGACAAAGUCUGA